AUGAUGACAAAGAUAUUAGAACGUAACAGUGUAGUUAAUGAACCAAACAUGGACCCAAUUGAACGUGAGAAGGAAACUAAAGAGAAUCAAGAAUAUGUUCAAUCAAUGGAAGAGAAAAGAAUACACUUCGAUGAUGAACCAGAGCCUGAACCAGAACCUCCUAAACCUCAGCCACAAAUAAGACGAAUAAUCCCAAGAAUAAGAAGAUUGUAA